AUGAUUAUCGAGUUGGAGGUGUUCGCAUUUAUUCUCAAUAUUCUGUUCGGAGCAGUGAAAUUGGAAACCGCGCCGUUGACAAAUUACCAGAUUAUAUCAAAUGGCUCAUCUUAUGUAUACGAAUUUAAGAAGGCUGAUCCCACAGAAUUGACAAUUGCCGAGAGACAGAAACGUGGUAAACCCAACGAUGCAGUGAGUCGUAACAUAACCAUGGUUCUGGAAAACCUAUUAAAAAAUUACGAGAAAUCACAACUGCCGACACAGUCCCAAGGAAUAGCAACCUUAGUGAAAACUAAUAUGCUGAUAAGAAGCAUGGGUCCAGUUUCAGAACUAGACAUGGAAUAUUCAAUGGAUUGUUAUUUUCGGCAAUAUUGGCGAGAUACUCGUUUGAGCUUUCUUGGUCCUAUAAAAUCACUGUCACUCAGUAUAAAGAUGCUAGAACGGAUUUGGAGGCCUGAUACCUAUUUUUACAAUGGAAAAAAUUCAUACGUUCAUACAAUCACAGUUCCAAACAAACUCUUGAGAAUAACUCAAGAUGGAGAUAUUUUAUACUCAAUGAGAUUGACGAUCAAGGCCAAAUGUCCGAUGGAGCUGCGCAAUUUCCCAAUGGAUCGCCAAAGCUGCCCUCUCAUCCUAGGAAGCUAUGCUUACACGCGAGAGCAGUUGGAAUAUCAAUGGCAAAACGCGGACUCUGUGACCUUCGUUUCGGGCAUGACACUAUCACAAUUCGAUCUGAUGAGUGCCCCUUACAGAAAUUUCACUUUUACGAGAAGAGAAGGUGAUUUUUCUGUCUUGCAAGUAUCUUUUAAUCUGCAGAGGCACACAGGAUACUUCCUAAUUCAGGUUUAUGUACCAUGUAUACUCAUUGUGGUUUUAUCUUGGGUUUCUUUCUGAUUACACAGAGAAGCAACUUCGGAUAGAGUAGGGUUGGGAAUAACAACUGUGCUUACUUUGUCUACUAUCAGCUUAGAUUCUCGAACUGAUCUGCCUAAAGUGCGCUACGCAACAGCCUUAGAUUGGUUUCUCCUCAUGAGCUUUUUCUACUGCAUUGCUACGUUGCUUGAAUUUGCAGGGGUUCAUUAUUUCACAAAACAUCAGGCAGACCAUGCCGUGUGCGUACGUGGUGAUGGCCAGCACCGUGUUCAGCGUGCGGUAGUUGUCCGUGGUGCAGCAGGCGGUGCUGUCGCCGCCGAAUCCGCCCAUGAUCACGACGAUGCAUCGGAUCGUCAUUUGGACGAAGAGCAGGAGGCCGACCACCCCUGA